UCGACUGUGCUGGGAGUCCGUAAAGAAGUUAUUUUAGGCUUUAUAAGAAGUGCAUGGAGCUAAGUUCAGCUGUGGGAUGACGAUGAAUUAGUUUUGACGAUGAUUUGAAUAUCCUGCACCUACUCUAGCAGCCUCAAAUUCCACUCACUGAGCUCGUGACUCAUGAGCAACGACAGAAGAGAUUAAUCGCCAUGUCAUCCAAAUUACACCAAUGUUAACGUCAUGAUUCAGAGAAAAACUGAUUCUCGUUCGGAUAUUUAAUUUAAAUAAUUUAUGAACUUACCACAUGAAUUAUUUAUUCUUUGAUUUAGGUACAUCAAGAAGUUCAGAUAAAUUUAAAGUUCCGCCGAGAAUACAUACAUAUAGUAAGAAUGAGUGAGUCAAAGAAAACCUGCACUAUAAGGGAAAACUCAAAAUCUGGACCCAAAACAUUAGAGAAACGCGGUAUUGAGGCAUUACAGAGUGAAUCGAAAUGCAACAAAAAGAAAAAAUUUGAAUGGUGGAAAAGAAGUGUGAUUUAUCAGGUGUAUCCACGAUCAUUUCGCGACACCACAAAGAAUGGAGUGGGGGACAUCAAAGGCAUCACGUCCCGACUGCCUUACCUCUCAUCGUUGGGGAUCGGAGUCGUCUGGCUGAGCCCUAUUUUCGCCUCCCCAAUGGCUGAUUUUGGCUAUGACAUCUCGAACUUUACGGCGAUCGAUCCCAUUUUCGGGACGAUGGAAGAUUUUGACAAUCUUCUUCAAGCAGCGCACGACUUGGGCCUGAAGGUGGUUAUGGAUUUGGUGCCAAACCAUAGCAGCGACGAGCAUGAAUGGUUCCAGAAGAGCCUCGCCAAAGAAGACCCAUAUACCGACUACUACGUCUGGUCUAAUGCCAGUGGCUUCGAUGAAGUUGGCAAUCCACUUCCUCCCAACAACUGGAUAAGUGUUUUUGGAGGCCCGGCUUGGAAAUGGGUGGAAGGGAGACAACAGUUUUAUUUGCAUCAGUUCCUAGAGAAGCAGCCUGACCUUAACUUCAGGAAUCCCGCCGUGCAGACUGAGAUGCAAAACGUGAUCAAGUUCUGGAUCGACAAGGGACUGGACGGAAUGAGGAUCGACGCAAUCAAGCAUCUCGUGGAAGUAGAAGAUUUGAGCACUGAUGAGCCUUUGUCUGGAGAUCCUAACGUUCAAGAUCCAAAUGAGUACGGAUACUUGACACACCCCUACACCACCAACCAGCCGGAAACUCUGGAUAUCAUGAGGCAGUGGAGAAUACUCCUGGAUCAGUAUCCGGAUAGUAAAUUGCUGAUGGCUGAAGUGACUUACUCUGGGGAAGAGAUAGACUUGGUAAUGAAAUAUUAUGGAACGGAGGAAGAGCCAAUUGCAGACUUCCCCUUCAACUUCAACUUCAUCGACAACUUCCACAAUAGAUCGGACGUCACCGGGUUUUCUUUAAAGUUCACUGUGACCGAGUGGCUGGACAACAUGCCGGCGGGAAAAUGGCCGAACUGGGUGCUUGGUAACCACGACCAGACUCGCAUAGCAACCCGCAUGGGCAAGGACUUGGUCGAAGCGCUGAACAUGAUGACGCUCCUGCUGCCCGGGACGCCGGUUACCUACUACGGCGAGGAGAUCGGAAUGGAAGACACUUUCGUUUCGUUCGAGGAUUCCCAAGACCCGUCGGGCUGCAUUUGGGGCCCCGACCGUUACAUGGAGUUCAGUCGUGACCCUGAGAGAACCCCAAUGCAGUGGGACAACUCGACCUUAGCUGGCUUCACGGACGGACCCUCCUCCUGGCUUCCUGUUAAUGAAAAUUACGUCACAUUGAACGUUGCUCAGCAGGAGGCUGCCGACCAGAGCUGCAUUAAAAAUUACAAGCAGUUGACUACCCUCAGGAAAGCUGAAGUUUUCUUCUCCGGAGAGCUUGCCUUCCCUGUGAUUACGAAUGAAAUUUUCUCAUACGUCAGGUUC